CACCAACAUAACUCGCGACUGCGCGAAUAACAACACGACACGAUUUUCGCGUUUCUGCAAACAUCAACGAUGAAAUACACUGAGCGUCUAUUUCCGGACUUAUCACAAUCCAUUGGUUCCUUGCACACCUCAUCCGAAGGUACCAAAAAGCGUGUGAUACCUUUCAAAGCGCCCAGUCGUAUUGGUAGCACCUCCCAACCUGCAUCGACAAAGCCGAGAUCGGGCAGAAGCACCAGCAAAAAUUCCAUGGUCAAUAGAAUGGCACGAGAUAUAACAUCGGCUGCGAAGAGCGAGAGCAAUAGCCUCCGUCGUACUUCCACAACUGCUGUCGAAUUGAGCUCCGACGACGAAAGUGAGCGGGACACGCCACCGUCAAAGAAACGACGGGUAAAUCAUAAAGCCAGAAAUGAUGAAUAUGGAGAGAAUAACCAAGAGGAUGAAUAUGAGGACGAUCCGGUGUCAGCCCAUAAACACCAACCUAAACCAGCUACACGAGAUCACGAUACGUCGUCUGCACUACCGCCCAAGUUGCUUACACGGCUGCUAUACGAAAACUUCGAAGACAAGAACAUGAAAAUUGGAAAGGAGGCAAUGAAAGUUCUAGGCAAAUACGUGGAGACAUUUGUGCGCGAAGCUUUGGCGAGGGCCAUUUACGAACGAGAGGAUGGCGACACAGAAUUGGGCAAAGAAGCUAGUGAUGGCUUUCUUCAGGUUGAAGAUUUGGAGAAGCUAGCGCCACAACUUCUUCUCGAUUUCUAGACAUGAUUUUCGUUCGCAUCUCGAUGCAACCAGUACAGUUCAGUUAUACCCAGGUCAAAUUGAAUAAAGCGGAUGAGCCAUUAGCUAUAACAUUGAAGGAAUUUACGGUGAUGUCAUAGGAAUCUGCAUGGUAUGCGCCAGGUUCAUGAGAUUAAGUGCAUAAGAGUAAGGCUCUCACAUAUAUGAUAGCGCAGUCCUUGAGUCUGUGUGCUCAUUUGGUUUUGCAACAGAGAGCUUUUCAGUCACCAAUCAGAGAUGUUCCUCACUGUGCGAGCUAUUAAUUAGGACAGUUCCAGCAAUUUUAGUAAGGAGUGACUCACUGGACUUUCGAAACGUGGCUAGCAGAUCUGCAGAAUCAACCGUACCAUAGUAAUGCGGGAGCUGGGCGGCUAAUGGGACAAAAUCUCCUACAGAAAAGUAUCCCAUACUCAGCUCGGUCAAUGUAGCUUGGUGAACUCUGACGGUUGUGCUGUGAUUUGGCUAUUUUGCUCUAAAAAAUUGUUCGGGGCUUUGAAUUUCUAAGAUGACGUAGAAUGCCCCCUGGUAUCGUUAGAACUCCUAGAAUAGUGAUUCGACUAUUCUGAACGGAAAGUCAAUUCCACAUAAUCUUCUGGUCCCAAUUGUGGGUCUGCCGGAUAGAUAGAAGAGUUGUAGUUCCUACAGAUGUUGAUGACGUUCCAUUAAUGAUAUUCCAGGCGGUAAAGGAAGUCGUCGAUUGGGUUCCAAAUAAUGAGAAGUAUCGUAGACAUAUGAUUAAAUGAGCAAUGCCA